AUGAACGUUGCAGUGCCUCUCGAAGGUACCUCUACCGUAGAACCAGUUACGUGUCCUAUUUCGGACGGCCCCUAUCUAGGUCCCAAUGACGUCAUUGAUACUCCUAUCAAACGGGACAGUUCUACCAUGCUGCCCUUUACGACUCUAACACGAUGCCGGCUCGAAACUAUCAAUGCUAUGGGUAAAGAGAUGAAAGGGUACUUCGUCGGCCCGAUGCCAGCUGGGGACUUUCUCCAGGAAUUUUUACCAACUUCUCAGAUUCCCGAUUAUGAUCCUUCGUCCUUCACUUCAGCCUUCGCUGUUGGCGCAUUCAACCGCACGGUCUCUGUUAGAAAUGAGGAACAUGCUUACACACCCUUCAUUAACGCCAUCAAACCUUUCGCUCCUCAACUGUCGUUUGUCGACACUCACAAAUACGAAGACACGAAAAACUGUUCGAAAUUAAAUUCAAAGGUAUUCAACAUUAAGCCGGACGUCUGCGUGUAUCCCGAUGGAUGCGAACCUUCAUCUCCCAACUGUGAUGUUUCUACCACAGAAAUCAUCAUAGAAUUCAAAUGGUCACCCUCACACGACGCAUUCCGUCAACCUGGAGCUGAUAGCCUCGUGUCCCAGACGGAGAAGGGUAUGGACACCCUGGGACAAAUAACGAGUUAUACUGCAGCUCAGCUCGGCACCCAGUUCCGUACCCACGUAUUCUCUGUCCUAAUCGUGCGUGAUCGCGCUCGGAUCAUCAGAUGGGAUAGGGAGGGGGCUAUCGUCACCAGCCCCAUCGACUACAAUAACGAGCCACACUUGGCUGACUUCUUCUAUCGUUACGCACGGGCAUCGCCUGAAAUGCGUGGUGUUGAUACUUCCGUCACGCUUGCUGGCGACGAGGAGGCCGACCUCGCAAGGUCACGGCUAAAUAUCCCCAGUACCACUCGUAUGUUCAAAGUCGAUGUCCCUCAUGUCGAGGGCUCUGGCUCGGUGACAUUGGUCUUUCCCCAACCUGUUACUGAAACCUCACUCGCCUGUUGGCCGCUGGACACGCGCAUGUCCGGCAUUCGAUCUUGUCUACAAGAAGCUCGUGAUGCUCAAGGACUCUUGGCGGUUGCCCAUAUUCCAAAGUGUAUUGCAUAUCAUGAUGUACCCCCCUCUAUCGCUCAGCAAUCUACUCAAACUGCCAAGUUCGGCAGUGCUGAAUGGGCACUUCCCCACUUGCCUCUCACUCCGCACACUCAUCACCGUCUGGCCCUCGAUAUUGUGGGCAAAAAUUUGACCGAGUUUGAGAGUUCUCAUCAACUCGUUUCGUCUGUGCGUGAUGCACUGAUUGCUCACAAGGAUGCAUUUGAACUCGCGAAGGUGCUCCAUCGAGACCUCAGUGUUGGAAACGUCGUCAUCUACAAAGGGAAGGGCUACCUGAUUGACUGGGACCUCGCAAAGUUGGUUAACAUUAACGGUCCCCGACAAACGACACGCACGGGAACUUGGCAAUUCAUGUCUGCAUACCUCGUCGAGCAUAAAUAUGCCAUACACUCGGUCAAGGAUGACCUUGAGUCCAGUUUUUACGUCGUUCUGUGGACGACUCUUAAGUACAAGGAGACGUACAUGGACAUCGUUCGCCGGACAUCACUCAUAACACAGGUCUUCGAAACCAAUCCCGGAUCAUCCUCGAAAGCAGAUUGGCUCAUCGGGAGAAGCAAUCUUCCCAAUCUUAUGUAUGUCGACUGCAAACCGCUCGACAGUCUCAUCCAUGCACUCGCUGAGUUCUUCUCGCAUCGGUACACGCGGGUCACUGAGCAUCAGCAGACGGUAUAUAAUAAAUUCCGGCUCGCACACGAGAAAGCGACGCGAAAUGUCCCUGUCGUACAAGACCUGUUGGCAGCUUCAUAUGCGCUCAUGACGGACUCCCCUGUUUACCAGAAGGAGAUAGGUAUGAAGGUCCUGGGCUCACACGACACCGUGAUAGGCAUUUUCAACGAUCAUCUUGAUUUAUCCGGUUGGCCUGUCGCAGACUCUGCCGUUCUGCAAAAACUCAAGUCGGAAGAGAAGUACGAACCAGUCUUGGUCACGAAGUCCCAGUCGUUAUUUGCCUCAGGGGUAGAAAUCACAGUGUCUGGCAAGCGGCGUAGGCUAGAUAAUGCGGACGAUGAUGGUGAUGAUCUCAGCUCGAUAGCUGACCUGGAUGCACUUACGUCCCUUACUUAA